AUGGGACACAAAGUGGUCGUGUUCGACAUUUCUGUCAUCAGAGCCUUGUGGGAAACACGUGUCAAGAAGCACAAAGCUUGGCAGAAGAAGGAGGCAGAAAGGCUCGAGAAAAGUGCAUUGGAAAAGAUAAAGGAGGAGUGGAACUUCGUGGCCGAGUGCAGGAGGAAAGGCAUCCCCCAGGCUGCGUACUGCAAGAAUGGCAUUGUAGACACCAACGUGAGACUUCUGGAAAAGAUCGAAAGGAACACUCUUGCAAGGCAGAGUUCACUUUCCAAGGAGAGAGACAAACGGAGCAGUCCAUUUGUGUUUGAACUUUCGGGGGAGCAGUGGACGGAGCUCCCGGAUUCGUUGAAGGAGCAGACACACCUGAAAGAAUGGCACAUCAAUAAUACCCUGAUUCAAAUCAUUCCUACUUAUAUCGAGCUGUUCCAAGCCAUGAGAAUUCUGGAUCUGCCAAAAAACCAAAUCUCCUGUCUUCCAGCUGAAAUCGGUCGUUUGAAGAACCUGAAAGAACUCAAUGUGAGUUUCAACCAUCUGAGGAGCAUUCCUCCAGAACUGGGAGACUGUGAAAAUCUAGAGAAACUGGAUUGUUCUGGAAACCUAGAAUUAACCGAGCUCCCCUUCGAAUUAAGUAACUUGAAGCAAGUUACAUUCGUAGAUAUCUCAGCAAACAAGUUUGCCAGUGUCCCGAUCUGUGUCCUGAGGAUGUGUAAUUUGCAGUGGUUGGAUAUCAGCAACAAUAGUCUGAGUGACCUGCCCCAAGAUAUAGACAGGCUAGAAGAACUGCAGACCUUUCUCUUGUAUAAGAACAAGCUGACCUAUCUUCCUUAUGCCUUGCUUAACCUAAAGAAGCUCACCUUGCUAGUUGUCAGUGGGGACCAUUUGGUGGAGCUCCCGACGGCCCUGUGUGACUCAUCCACACCUUUAAAAUUUGUAAGCCUUAUGGAUAAUCCUCUUGAUAAUACCCCGUGUCAAGAUGGUGUUGAAGUGAUGGAAAGUGAACGAGAUCGUCAAUGCUUUGAUAAAGAAUUUUUGAAAGCUUAUAUCGAAGAUGUUAAAGAAAGAGAAUCUGUUCCCAGCUAUACCACCAAAGUAUCUUUUAGCCUUCAGCUUUGA